CGGCGGCGGGGCGAUGGCGGCGGAGCGCGGCCGGGGCGGCCCCCCGCGGUGGCGGCGGCGGCGGCUGCUGCGGCGGCGGCUGUGAGCGGCGGCGGCGGCGGCGAUGCGCGGCGCUCCCGGCGACGAUGGAGGACCGGUCCCACAAGGUGCUGCUGGCGCUGGUGAUGCUCUUCCUCUUCGCCGUGAUCGUGCUGCAGUACGUCUGCCCGGGCACCGAGUGCCAGCUCCUGCGGCUCCGCGCCCUCAGCCCCGCCGCCGCCGCCGACCCGUACCGGGCGGAGGACGAGACGCCGGCGCGUUUCGUGCCCCGUUUCAAUUUCUCCGCCGGCGACUUGCUGCGGCGGGUGGACUUCAACAUCAAGGGGGACGACCUGAUCGUCUUCCUGCACAUCCAGAAGACGGGCGGCACCACCUUCGGCCGGCACCUGGUCCGCAACAUCCAGCUGGAGCAGCCCUGCGAGUGCCGCGCCGGGCAGAAGAAGUGCACCUGCCACCGGCCCGGCAAGCGGGAGACCUGGCUCUUCUCCCGCUUCUCCACCGGCUGGAGCUGCGGGCUGCACGCCGACUGGACCGAGCUCACCAACUGCGUCCCCUCCGUGGUGGACAGCAAGAAGGAGGUGCGGCUCCGGCCCUCCAGGAAUUUCUACUACAUCACCAUCCUGCGUGACCCCGUCUCCCGCUACCUGAGCGAAUGGCGCCACGUCCAGCGAGGAGCCACGUGGAAGGCGUCCCUGCACGUCUGCGACGGCCGGUCCCCGACCACCGAGGAGCUGCCCAGCUGCUACACGGGGGACGACUGGUCGGGCUGUUCCCUGCAGGAGUUCAUGGAUUGCCCCUACAACCUCGCCAACAACCGCCAGGUCCGCAUGCUCUCCGACCUCAGCCUGGUGGGAUGCUACAACCUGUCGGUCAUGCCCGAGGAGCAGAGAAAUAAGGUUCUGCUGGACAGUGCCAAGGAGAACCUGAAGCGCAUGGCCUUCUUCGGCCUGACUGAGUUUCAGCGUAAGACUCAGUAUCUCUUUGAGAAGACUUUCAACAUGAACUUCAUCUCGCCGUUCACGCAGUACAAUAGCACAAGGGCCUCCAGCGUGGAGAUAGACGAGCAGACUCAGCAGCGCAUCGAGGCCCUCAAUUUUUUAGACAUGGAAUUGUACGAUUAUGCAAAAGACCUGUUUUUGCAGCGGUACCAGUACAUGCGGCAGAAGGAGCACCAGGAAGCGCGGCGGAAACGCCAGGAGCAGCGCAAGAUCCUGAGGGCGAAGCAAGCGCGCCUGAGAGAGCAGGGCGAGAACAGCUCCAGCACUGACUACAUAGGGAACGUGGAGCGGUGGCGGCGGUAGUGCGGGGGGACUCGCCGGACACCAAAAACGAAGCAGAACCCAAUCCAACCCGCAAAUCGGAGACGCCGGAGCAGUCCAAACAAAUCACGCUUCUCAAGGGUUUGAAGCAAAAAGAGGUUAAAAUGUUGCCUUUGCAGUUGCCUUUGCAGUAAAUGUUGUACUGUACGUGGAACACUUAAUCUUAGCGUGUAAUUAAAUUGUCCUUUUUAGGUUUGUUGGAUUAUUUAUGAAAUACGGGAGCCAAGUAGGCUCAUCGGAAAUGGUUGCUUGGACGUUUAUUUAAAAGAAAAGGGAAAAAAAAAAAAAAUCCGUAAAUUAGUUAUGAGUACAAAAUGGGAUGCUGGAAAAUGUUUAUGAUGCUCGGCUGAAAUCUAUCUGGGAAGCAAACUCAUUUCCUAAUAAUGAGCAUUUAGCAUAGUCUCACAAUACAGUGUAUGAGCAAAACCUUUUCCCUUUGAUUUUAUCUUAAUUUUAUUUUAAUUAUACGUUUUCAAGGGCACCAACUGCUUAUGGUAUUUACCAAGUUAAUGAACGGACGAUGAAGGGAACAAUAAAGGUCUAGAAAAAAUAUUGACUAGUUUUAUGUAUAAUAUUGGCUUUUAAAAGGAAUAGAAGUAAUUUCUCUAGUUAUAUAAAUAUUUAAAAUUUUAAACUUUUUCUACCUACUGCUGUUUAGAGUUUUAAGCUUGGUCUAUCUCAUAUUAAAAAAAAAGAAAAAAAAAAAAGACAUACGUACUUUUCUGAUCUCAAUGCCAACGUUAUAGACACUGUUUCCAGAAUUUUUCAGGGCAGUAUGAUUUUAACCAUUCUGGAAAAGUUACAGCACAUCUUCAUGUUUCAUAAAGCCUUUUCCAAAUUAUAGUCCUGUGACAGUGUCUAAUUUUAAGUCUUUCUUACCCAUUAGAAUACAUAAUGCUGAAUUUAUCAUUCCUUAAUAAUUGGUGGUAUAAACUAGAUGAAAUUAUGUUGCGGAUAUUUGUGUAGUGUCUUUAAAAAGUCAUAAAACUCUCUAAUCCCAGCAAUAUUACGAAGAGAUUGCUCAAUGGAAGAAGUAGAUUUACACUUGAAUUAGGAUUUACUUCCAGUAAAUCUUUGCUACACCAGAUAAGAACAGGGUUGUUUUUUUUUUCUAUGCUCUUGAGCCCUUCUUAGCGAUGACGGAUGAGCGAUGACUAAAAAUGACAGAAACCAAUUUUACCAUAGCCAUAGUUACACAGGAUGAGAAGGUUGCACGGUGCACGGGGAUGCAGCAGCCCGCUCCUGAGCAGGCUCUGCUGGGGCGCAGGGUGCGGAGCUGGAGCUGGAGCUGGAGCUGGACCGGGCUCACCCACAGCCCUUCGGCUUCACCGAGACUGACAGGGAGAGGAGAUGGGGCAGGGGGUGCGAGGGGCUCCUAUAAAUCUCUAUGCAAAAAAAAAAAAAAAAUAAAUAAAAUAAAAAACCUCUGCAAGGCUUGGGCUAGACAUUCAGCAAGUUCAGAAAUUUUGUACGUAGCCUGCAACGCUCCCGAGCUUGGCCCUAAGUGGCGAUCUCAGUGCAGAUGCGCGGUGAUGGAGGGACCCGAAAAGGGCGCUCUUUGUCCCGAGGUACACAACGCUUACAAGGCUCACUUGCACUAUUGCCUUUCACCUGUAAUAUUCUAUACACCGAGAGGGCAGGGGGGCAUAAAACAAGGCAGAAGGCUUUAAAACCAUCUUAUGUCUCCACGCCUAAGUUAUCUGAAAGUUGUUUUACAUCUGAUGUUGUAUUGCAACCCCGGGGGGCAGCAAUCCUGCCGGGAGCAAGCGGAGAGCAAAGCAGCAGCAAACCAAUACCCUGCAUUAGCAGCUUGGAAAAGAGAAUAACUUCAUGUACAGCAAUUUUUUUUUUUUAAAUGAGAACUGCAGUUACCAAUAUGAUGUCUCAGUUGUAUUUUGGUUUUUACGGGGGAAAAUAAUUCGCUGUUAAAACUGAAAGGCACUGCUGUAAACAGGACUUAACUGUGGGCAAGCUGGAGGGCCUGUUGCAGAAGGUGCAUUUUGUUUUUAUGCUGUGGUGUGCAUGGUUUACAGAGACUAGUUGCAUUUUCUUUGUGUAUACUGUUUAUUGUAUAUAGGGGAUGUACGAAUAUAAGGAUACCAUUUUGUCAUAACCAUAUCAAAUUCUACUGAUUUCCACUGUAGACGCUGUCUUAUUGUGUAGAUUUACAGGCCGAUCCACUGACUUUGAUUGUGUAAUUUAACAAUAGAACUGAUAAAUAAAAUUUAACUACAGUC